ACACUCUCCUUCUCCUUCUCUCUCUUGGCCGUAUUAUCUGAGGCUGCUCUACGAUCACUUUGCGACCGGACUGCCCUCUUAACUGGCCGCUGUACCACCAAUCAUGGCUGCAGUGACGCCAUUACCUGCCGAGGAGGGCAAGUUGCUCAGCGAGUCGCUUGCCACCGUCAAGAUACAGGUACAGCAAAUGAAGCGGCAUCUGGAACUGGACCAGCUCAUGGACGCGCUGAAGAGCGCGAGUUUGAUGUUGGCUGAGCUCCGAACGUCCUCGCUCACGCCCAAACAAUAUUAUGAGCUCUACAUCGCUGUCUUCGAUGCUCUCCGUCACUUAUCCAACUAUCUAUAUGACGCACACGUCCAAGGCCGACACCAUCUGGCCGACCUCUACGAACUUGUACAAUAUGCCGGCAACAUCGUCCCCCGCCUCUACCUCAUGAUCACCGUCGGGUCCGUCUACAUGUCUAUCCCCGAAGCUCCGGUGAAGGAGGUUAUGAAGGACAUGCUGGAGAUGUCGCGUGGUGUACUACACCCCAUCCGGGGGCUAUUCCUGCGGCACUACCUCAGUGGGCAGACGAGGGACCAUCUGCCACUGGGAGACGACCAGGGACCGAAGGGUAAUCUCCAGGAUUCAAUUAACUUCGUGCUCACGAACUUCAUCGAGAUGAACAAGCUAUGGGUGCGGCUGCAACAUCAAGGUCACUCGAGGGAACGCGAGAAGCGCGAACUGGAACGGAAAGAGCUGCGCAUAUUGGUCGGCACGAACCUCGUCCGGCUUAGCCAGCUGGAUGGCGUCGACCUCGACAUGUACCAGAAAUUCAUCCUGCCUAGUAUCCUGCAGCAAAUCGUGGUCUGCAAGGACGUCAUCGCCCAGGAGUAUCUCAUGGAGGUCGUCAUCCAGGUAUUUACGGACGAAUUCCACCUGUACACCCUUGGCCCCUUCUUGUCCGCCACCGCGCAACUGCACCCGAAAGUCAACAUCAAGCAGAUAGUGAUCGCGCUCAUUGACCGCCUUGCUGCGUACGCAGCGCGCGAGGCGGAAAACGAGGACCCGGAGGAGACUAAGCGACAGGAGGAGGCCGCAGCAAAGCGCCUGGCGGAGAGGGUCACCCAGGCUCGUCUGCGGCAGAGCCAGGUGUCUGUAACGACUGACUCCGAAACCGCCGUCAGCAAUGAAUGGGGCUCGACACCCACCAGCCCCGUCGCCAGCGAGAAGACGGAGUCAGUUGCGCCAACAGAAAAUGGCACUGCAGAGGACGGGGAGGGCGAGAAUAAUGGGAAGGGGAAGGAGAAGGAGGGCGGCGAGAAGGAGCAGGAGCCAGCGGCAGUCCAGAUCCGGAAGUUCCGAGGCAUCCCGGAGAAUGUGAAGCUGUUUGAGGUAUUCUGGCACCAAGUAGUCGAACUCAUCAAGGCUCGCCCGGACCUCUCGAUACAAGACAUCACCGCGCUGCUGGUGUCAUUGACAAAUUUGUCAGUGAGCUGCUAUCCAGACCGACUAGAAUAUGUCGAUCAGAUUCUGGGUUUUGCCGCAGAGAAGAUCAAGGAAUUCACUGACAGCCCUGAUCUCCACUCACCACAAACAAUCUCUAACCUUCAAGCACUCCUCCUCGCGCCCAUCAACUCCUACACGUCUGUUCUGACGCUCCUCGCUCUUCAGCAGUAUACUGCUCUCCUCAGUCAACAGCCGUACUCUAACCGACGCACCCUGUCACAUUCUCUGAUUUCGUCCGUGCUAAAGAACGAGACCAUUAUCGAGACCCCAGAAGACGUGAACGGCAUCCUGGAGCUGUGUCAUGUCCUCGUCCGCGACCAAGCAGAUGCUGCCACUGGACCAGGUUCGCAUGGCGCGACUGUUCACGUCAAGGACCCCAGGAGAGGGCCCUACCACAACGAACGGGAAGAGCUUGCGGAGGAGCAGGGAUGGGUGGCGCGGAUGGUUCACCUGUUCCGGUCGGACAACUUGGACGUACAGUUCGAGAUUCUCCAAACGGCACGCCGGCACUUCGAGACUGGUGGGGAGCGCAUGCGCUUCACCUACCCAGCACUCAUCACCUCCGCGAUCAAGCUGUGCCGAAGGUAUCACAACCGCGAGCACUUGGAGGACGACUGGCAGUCGAAGGUGUCAACCAUCCUCAAAUUUGUGCGGCAACUCAACUCCAUCCUCUCCACGACUGUGGAGGCCCCCUCGAUCGCGCUCCGGCUCUUCCUGCUUGCCGCGCAGAUCGCGGACGAGUGCGGGUUCGAGAACCUGACGUACGACAUGUACGUCGACGCGUUCAGCGUAUUCGAGGAGAGCAUCUCGGAGAGCCGCGCGCAGCUGCAGGCGAUCACGCUUAUCAUCGGCACGCUGCAAGGCGCGCGGGUGUUCAGCGAGGACAACUACGACACGCUCAUCACGAAGGCCGCGCUGCACGGCGCGAAGCUGCUGAAGAAGCCGCACCAGGCGAGCGCGGUCAACCUCGCGAGCCACCUGUGGUGGCAGGACGUGCCUGCUGAGGAGGAGCAGGCGGAGGCGCCGUCACCGGCUCCGAAGGAGGCUACCGAGAAGAGUGCGAGCAAGGAGGAAGGCGAGAGUCCGAAGUCGUAUCCUCUCCAGGACAGCAAGCGCGUGUUGGAAUGUCUCCAGAAGGCGCUUCGGAUCGCGAACUCUGCGACGGAGGAGAUCAUCACGAUCCAGCUGUACUGCGACACGCUGGACCAGUACUGUUUCUACCUCGACCGCGGCGCCCCAGCGAUCAACGCGAAGUUAGUGAACAGCCUCGUCGAGCUCAUCACCGCGUCGAUCGACAGCAUCGCGUCGCCCGACGUGCACCCGUCGCAGCGCGCGCCCCCAGGGCUGCUCGAGGGCGUGCAGACCCCGGAGAUGAUCACGCGCCACUUCCGGAACACGCUCGUGUACAUCCAGGGGAAGAAGGCGGCCGCAGCCGCGGCUGCGGACGCUGGGGGCGCGGCGGAGUCGCGCUGGGACGACGUCGACAUCGUCGGCGCGACGAUCAAGAUGGGCAUCCCCGCGCGGUGAGCGUGUGCGAUGUGAGGCGGGUUGAGUGUAAGCUGGAUGCACGCGCGGGGCGGCGAACGGGGCGGAAGGAUGGACUGGGCCGGGUUUACUAUCGCCUUUCGUGACUGUUGUGUGUUGUGGCUUCGUAGAUACCUUUAGUACUUCCUGUGUAUAAUGCACUUCCUAUUUUGCUUUUCC